AUGGCCGUCGCCGUAGCAACGCUUGGCCCUUUCGAGGCGGCGCAUGCCCCCAUGCCCGGGGGUCCCACUCCUCCUCUCCCCCAGGUGACACUGGAGAAGGUGCUGGGAAUCACCGCCCAGACCAGCAGCAGCUUGGCCUGCGACCCAACCACAGGGCUGCUCGCCUACCCCGCCGGGUGUGUUGUCGUCAUCCUGAAUCCCUGGGAGAACACGCAGAGACACAUCCUGAACACCUCCAGGAAAACCUUGAGUGCAUUGGCCUUCUCACCUGACGGGAAGCUCAUUGUCACUGGAGAGAACGGGCACCGACCAGCCGUCCGUGUGUGGGAUGUGGAGGAACGGGCGCAGGUCUUGGCGUUGCAUGGUCACAAGCACGGUGUGGCUUGUGUUGCCUUCUCCCCCAGCGCCAAGUACCUGGUGUCGGUGGGGUACCCCCACGACAUGGUGGUCAACGUUUGGGACUGGAAGAAGGAUUCCCUGGUCGCAUCAAACAAGGUGUCCUGCAAAGUGACGGCUGUGUCCUUCUCUGAGGACAGCUACUUCGUCACCGUGGGGCACCGCCACGUCAAGUUCUGGUUCCUGGACUCGUCAAGGGAGCUGAAGAUCAAUGAGACGGUGCCACUGGUGGGACGCUCGGGGCUGCUGGGAGAGCUUCAUGACAACGUCUUCUGCGGCGUUGCCUGCGGCCGAGGGCAGAUGUUGGGCAGCACCUUCUGCAUUUCCUCCUCGGGGCUGCUCUGCCAGUUCAACAAGAAGCGGGUGCUGGAGAAAUGGAUCGUUCUGAAGGUGCCGCUGGCAAACUGCCUCUGCCUUGGUGAGGAGCUGAUAUUUUGCGGCUGCGCCAAUGGCACCGUGAGGAUCUUCCAGGCUCGUGACAUGCGCUACCUGAGCGAUCUCCCCAAACCUCAUCCCCUGGGUGUGGAUGUCACCCAGGCCCCCCCACUGAGGCAGCCAGACCUGGUCUACCCUGACACCAUUGCCUUGGCCUACGACGCCUGCAACCGCUGGCUGUCCUGUGUCUACAAGGACCACAGCAUCUACAUCUGGGAUGUUGGGGACCUGCAGAACGUCAGGAAGGUGUGGUCAGAUCUUUUCCACAGCUCCUUCGUCUGGACCGUUGAGGUGUACCCCGAAUUUGAGGAGCGGAGAUCCUGUCUGCCUCCUGGCUCCUUCCUGACGUGUUCCUCGGACAACACCAUCCGCGCCUGGACCUUGGAAAGCAGCUCUGUGCGCCCCAUCCAGGGCAGCACCUACAGCACGACCCUGCUGAACAUCAUCUAUGUGGACAACAACACACAGCACCUCCAGGACUCCUCCACCGCGCCCGACCGAAGCGAGAAUGUGGGUCACCUUGAUGUCAAGUCUGGGGUGCGGGUGAUGCAGGUCAGCCCUGAUGGGGAGCAUUUGGCAUCGGGGGACAGAGGAGGAACCCUCAGGAUACACGAGCUGCAGUUCAUGCAGCAGGUGGCUAAAGUGGAAGCUCACGAUUCAGAAGUUCUCUGCCUGGAGUAUUCAAAACCGGAGACCGGAGCAGCACUGCUGGCUUCGGCAAGCAGAGACAGGCUGAUCCACGUCUUGAAUGUAGACAAGAACUACAAGCUGGAGCAAACCCUGGAUGAUCACUCCUCCGCGAUAACGUCGGUCAAAUUUGCUGGCAACGGGGACAUUCAGCUGAUAAGCUGCGGUGCUGAUAAAAGCAUUUAUUUCCGCAAUGCUCAAAAGCUCCCGGAUGGCUUCAAUUUCCUUAGGACGCAUCACGUCGCUGAGAAAACCACACUGUACGACAUGGACAUUGAUAUCACGCAGAAAUACGUUGCCGUUGCCUGCCAGGACAGAAAUGUCAGGGUGUACAGCACAGCCAGCGGGAAGCUGAAGUGCUGCUACAAGGGCUCGCAAGGUGAUGACGGCUCCUUGUUGAAGGUACAGCUGGAUCCCUCCGGCACCUUCCUGGCGACGAGCUGCUCUGACAAGAGCAUCGCCCUCAUUGACUUCCACUCUGGGGAAUGCAUGGCAAAAAUGUUCGGCCAUUCAGAAAUAGUCACAGGGAUGCAGUUCACAUAUGACUGCAGGCACCUCAUCACUGUCUCAGGAGACAGCUGCAUCUUUAUUUGGCACCUGGACCUGGAAAUCACCAGCAGCAUGAAGCAACACUUGCUGGAGCUUGACCUGCUGCAGCCGAAGCAGGCGAAGGAGACCAGUCCGCUGGCGCAGUUCAGAUGGGAGACCCACAUCAGGAUCCCCGAUGGGAUGGCAGCCACUGGUGCCGGAAGAGCUUCCAACGAAGACCCCAAGGAGGAGCAAGACGAGGCCUCAUCCCUGCGGACCCCCUGCAAGGAGGACUCGGAGCUGCGUGCGUUUCCCCCUCCAGCUCCAGCCUGCAUCCUAACCAACAGCAGGCUGCCCAUGUGGGCAAAAAGGCUGCUGGGAGAGGUGGAGGAUGGGGACGGAGUGGCUGCCAGCCUGCGGGGAAGCUACCGGCCACAGGGGCGAUGGGCAGAGCGUGCUGAGAGGGUUCCCAUCAAGACCUUGCCAGAGAUGGAUCUCCCUGACUUCACCCCCAUCAAACUCCACCUCAAGAGUGACAAGGAACAUGAGCCUGGCAGCCUGGAGCAGCUGCUUUCAAAGGUCAGUUGUGGGGCCAGAUCCUGCACCCUGCAUCAGGCCUUGCCAGACUCUGGUUUUAACCGUUUCUGGAGACCCGCUGGCUGCCAGUGGCCAUCUUUCUGGGAAAAAUCCAGCUACAGACAUCAGCUCCCUGUCUCCAGCAGGCAAAGAGCUCUCCCAGCGACCUCACUGAGGACUUGCUCUCCGAGGUCUUCUCAGAUGAGGAAACCCAAAAAGCUUGAGGGGGUGGCUUUACAUCAGAAUAAAAACUGCCUGGUGCUAACGUCCGUCAUGGUGGCUUUCCCUUCUGGCUCUAUUCUGGCAGACGAGGACUCGUCGGGCUCUGACAGGGAGGUGGAGGAGCCAGAGGAGAACCUGCCGCAGUGCAGCUCCCUGCCCCAGACCCCCGAGCAGGAGAAAUACCUCAAGCAGCACUUUGAGACGUUGGCAGACACUGAAGAGAAGUUUGACGGCUCCUUAAAGGAUUUGAAACCUCCCAAACCUGAGGAUGAGGAAAAAAACUUGUUCUUGAACCCACGCUUGACCAUUUCAGCCCGGUUCCUCUCACGCUGCCGGAAGAGCAGGUGGGCAGUGGGUGCUGCUUCUGUCCAUCUGUCUGUCCAGUGGGGAAUCGGUUUCCCACUCCCAACUCCUCUUGUCCCGCAGGCUGGCGGCCACCUUCCCCCUGCAGGCAUGGCCCCGGUCGCACAGCCCUGCCCGUGCCCAGGAGCCAGUCAGGGACCAGUCAAAAACAUCCCAGGAGCUCCAACAAUCGGAGGCGAGUCAUUUUUUUUGCCUAAGGGAGGGGGAAAUCUGUGGAAGAAACAUGCAGAAAAAGGCAUUUUCCUUCCUCGGGCCGGGCUCAGCGGCACUUCCAUCAACUUUUUAGAAACUGCUGGAUGAAAAAGCUUUGGGAACGGGACAGGAAACAGGCUCCAACACCGGAAAACCCACAGGUGUGUGUUUGAAGACAAAGGGGGGCUUCCUUCACCCCAAAACCACCUCCCAGAUUGGGAUGAGGUGGGUUUUUGUUGUCCCCUCCCAAAGCAGAGGGGGCACAAGGCUAAUGGCAGCCGUGGUGCCCACAGGAUCCCACUUCUGGGUCAAGACCUU